CGCGCGCGCUCCCGCUCGCUCACAUACGCACUGGUGUUGGAUACUGGACACAUGUUGAAGCGCUGCUGUUGGAGAAAUGCUAACUACGAGUGCAGUUUCCCCCGGCGUAGGCUCCUACACAAACUAAGCUCCCGGCCCAGCCAUGUUCGGCACAGAGUCCUCAUUAAGCAUGUUUCUGAACACCCUGACGCCCAAGUUUUACGUGGCUCUGACGGGAACCUCCUCCCUCAUAUCAGGACUCAUUUUGAUCUUUGAAUGGUGGUAUUUCAGGAAAUAUGGGACGUCCUUCAUAGAGCAGGUGUCUGUGAGCCACCUGCGCCCCCUGCUGGGCGGAGUCGACAGCAGCUCACCCAGCAACUCCAACACUAGUAACGGAGAGGCUGACUCCAACAGACAGAGUGUGUCUGAAUGUAAAGUGUGGAGAAAUCCUCUCAAUUUGUUCCGAGGAGCGGAGUAUAAUCGAUAUACAUGGGUGACGGGUCGAGAGCCGCUGACCUACUACGACAUGAACUUGUCGGCGCAGGAUCACCAGACCUUCUUCACCUGUGACUCCGAUCACCUCCGACCCGCCGACGCCAUAAUGCAGAAGGCGUGGAGAGAGAGGAAUCCACAGGCUCGCAUCUCCGCCGCACACGAAGCUCUGGAGCUGGAGGACUGUGCGACGGCGUACAUCCUCCUGGCGGAGGAGGAGGCCACCACCAUCAUGGAGGCUGAACGUCUGUUCAAACAGGCGCUCAAAGCUGGGGAGGGCUGUUACCGGCGCAGCCAGCAGCUCCAGCAUCACGGCACACAGUACGAGGCCCAGCACAGAAGAGACACCAACGUCCUGGUGUAUAUAAAGAGGAGACUGGCCAUGUGCUCCAGAAAACUGGGCCGAACACGAGAAGCUGUUAAAAUGAUGAGAGAUUUAAUGAAGGAGUUCCCUCUCCUCAGUAUGUUCAAUAUCCACGAGAACCUGCUGGAGUCACUGCUAGAACUCCAGAACUACGCUGACGUCCAGGCCGUACUGGCCAAGUACGACGAUAUCAGUUUACCUAAAUCUGCAACAAUAUGCUACACAGCAGCCUUGCUCAAAGCCAGGGCGGUGUCGGACAAAUUCUCUCCAGAGGCAGCGUCCAGACGAGGUCUGUCCACAGCAGAGAUGAACGCAGUAGAAGCCAUUCACAGAGCAGUGGAGUUCAACCCUCACGUUCCCAAAUAUCUGCUGGAGAUGAAGAGUCUGAUUCUUCCUCCAGAACACAUCCUGAAGAGAGGCGACAGCGAGGCCAUCGCCUACGCCUUCUUCCACCUGCAGCACUGGAAACGGGUGGAGGGGGCGCUAAACCUGCUGCACUGCACCUGGGAAGGCAGUGAGUACAACCAUCAUCAACACCACCAACAACAACAACACCAUGGGGCGCUCACUACUAAUGUUGUGUCAGUAGUUAUGACACCUGAUCACCCCUUAGCACUGGUGGCUAAUUCAGUGUUCCACGAGGUGUCAGUCUACCCCAAGAAGGAGCUGCCCUUCUUCAUCCUCUUCACAGCUGGACUCUGCUCCUUCACCGCCAUGUUGGCUCUGCUCACACACCAGUUCCCUGAGCUCAUGGGAGUGUUUGCUAAAGCUUUCCUCAGUACACUCUUCGCUCCUCUCAACUUCAUCAUGGAGAAGGUGGAGAGCAUCCUGCCGUCCAGCCUCUGGCACCAACUGACCCGCAUCUGACCGCCAUCCUCCAGAACCAGAACCAGAACCAGGACCAGGAUCAGGAUCAGGAUCCAACCUCAGACUAGACAGAAACAGCUGGACUGAAACCCAGAACGCUGCAUCAGACUGGACCCACACACACACACAGACAGACACACACAGACACACACAGAGAGAGCGGUGGGGUCCAGGAGGGAGUUCUGACUUUAUUUGAUAUGUUUUCAUUUUCUUGGGUUUCCAGUUUCAGUCAAAGCUGUUCUUUUGUUGUACAGAGGUGAUGAAAUGCCAUCGAUGAAAAGUGAAAAAGACAAAAAAAACCACAAUAAAGGACUUUUUGUGUAUUGCUGCACCACA